AUGUCGCCAAUCCCUAUAACUAUCCUUACCGGCUUCCUCGGCUCAGGGAAAACAACGUUAAUCCUCAACCUUCUCCCACAACUACACGCCCUCAACCCCUCCUACCGUCUCGCUCUUCUCAAAAAUGAAUUUGGGGAUCUAGCUGUCGACUCGCAACUGGCUUCUUCAUCUUCUAUAACUUCUGUGCGGGAAAUGCUCAACGGAUGUAUAUGUUGUAAUCUCGUCGGUUCUCUAUCUUCGGCGCUUCAAGAACUGCAGGAAAGUUUACCAGUCAAAGUCAAUGAAGCAACUGGGGAGGAAGAGAAGGGGAGUUUGGAUAGAAUUAUAAUUGAAACAUCUGGGUCGGCUUUUCCUGCUACGUUAGCCAUGGAAGUAAAUAGAAUUGCGAGGGAAACAAAGGGGGCUUAUGUAUUGGAUGGUGUGAUUUCGGUGAUUGAUGUGGAGAAUUGGAAGGGGUAUGAAGAUACGAGUUAUACGGCGAGAUUACAGGCGAAAUAUACAGAUUUGGUGGUUUUUAAUAAGUGGGAGGGGGUUAGUGAGAGAAGGUUCGAUGAAUGUCUGGACAGGUUAGGGGAUUUGGAAGUUCAGGUCGCUUGGGUCAAGAGUGAUAGGGGAUCAGUGGGAGUAGAUGUUGUGUGCGGAGUUGACGGGGGACUGGCUAGGGGGUUGGUUGAUGAUGUUGAUGGAAAGGAAAAUGGUCAUAGUCAUGAUCAUAAGAAUGGCGAUCAGAAACACGAACACUCUCACGACCAUCAAUCCGAAGUCGAACAAUAUCUCUCGCUCCCUCACAAACUCCUCACCAAAGCACCCAAAGAUGAAGUAUACCGCAUCAAGGCAGUUUUAUCCUCAAGUUCUCCUAUUCCACCUUCCGAUUCUUCUCUCUCGCCGCCCGAAUCCGACGUCUCUGCAUCCUCAUCCUCAUCAAAUUCUACUUCUGAUCUAACACCAAAACCUGCAAAGUACAUACUCAACUGGGCUUUUGGUCGUUGGACAAGCACAAAAAUGGAAGAACAGCAAUUGGAGAAGGAACAUGAGAGUAGCCAAGGAGAAGGCGUAGUACUGAGAAUGACGAUUGUGACGGCGAGAGAUGAGAGCAACAAGUGGAAAAAGAGAAUUGAAGGAGGUGGUUGGGUGGAGGUUGAUGGUGGAGAGGGACAAUUGAACGUUGUGAGAAUUUUGUGA